CUCGCUCGACCCAGCACCCGGAUUCUCUGCUCCCCAGUCUCUCCUUCAUGGCGAUCGUGCAUCCAGGGGCAUGGAAGACAACGACGAUGACUUCUUUUCCGACGAUGGCUUCGACGAUCUGCCCCCUGGCACAUUGUUGCAAUUGGAGCAGAACGCGUUCCAGGCAACGCAAGCCCAGAACCUGGCUCCCUCACAACCUCCAACCCAAUUAGACACGCCUGCUGGCAAUUUUCGGACCCGAUUCCCUCAGAAACCGCCCGCCUUUCAGGCCAGACAGGCAGUCCCUGCCCAUGCAACGCUACAGCCCCCGGCGCGAUUGCACACCGGAUUGACCAACGAUUACGGCGAUUUGGAUGUAGGAGAAUUGGAUGCGGAGGUAUUGAACGAUGAAAACGAGACAACUAUCGCAUUCGACCAGCCGGUGGUUUUCGAAGCGCAGCCCAAUUACCCGCAAAAUGUCCUUGCGCCGGCCGACGACAGUGGGGAGUUCGAUGACACCCUGCCCGACCUCAUGGAGGUUGAGACGGGUCAACCGUAUAUUGCGGCCCUCCAAGAAGAUUCAAAUGCUGUCGCGGAAAAGUUGGAGCGCGAAAAUGAGCGGUACAAACAAAUGAUGGAAGAGCUCGCCACGGCUAAAUCCACGGCAGCAACCAAAACAGGGGAGAUUUCAAUUAUACGAUCGAAUCAAGUCAAGCUCACCGAAAAUUACGAGCAACAAUUGGCAGCCUUACGCAAGGCAAUCGCUGAAUCGGCGGCUCGACACAAGGAGGAGGUAGAAGCCGCACGCGCGGAAGGCAAGAUGUUGGCUACGGAGAACGCAUUUCUCAAACAAGACCUGGCCGAGGAGUCUAUGCGGAUAAACAACAUGAAGGCAAAGGGCCGAGCAACCGAGAAAGUACCACCGGUGACACCCAAGAAGACCAAAACUCUUCCUUUUCGUGAUGGGUUUGACGACGAAGAGAUUCUCGCUGUGUCGCCGAGCAAGUCAGCGCGAUCGAAGCGAAUGACACCGGUAGUCCCGGGGAAACGAAAGAGAAGAGAGAGUCAGGACAGUCCAAUCCCGCUGCAAUUAAGUCCGCGGGAUGAGCCCAUGGCUAUGGACCCCGACCCCGCGGACUUCUCCGACGAUGCGAUAGGCGAUGCGUUGCAGGCGCCUGCUGCGGUCUCGAAUGAAGAGAGACAUUCGCAGUCAAUGAAGCGGAUCUUGAAUCACCGAACGGUUCCUAACGAGGAGCCUGACAUUGAAGUGAUGUCACGGUUGAAGUUCCCAUCAGAGCCGCAACGGACGCUGGCCACCAUCCUGCUGGAAGAAACGGAAACACUUCGCAUGGGGAAUGCUGUGGUUGAGUAUGCGCGAGCGAUUAUAUCCCUGUGGUCUCAGGCCCUGAAAGAAAAGUUCUUCCCGCCUGUGCCCAUGUUCAUGGCCAUCAUACAGUAUAUCUUCGCCGUGGAGGAGCCGUCUAUCGGAUCUCAAUUGGUGGAGCACCUUGUCCCGUUAUUGCAAGAAUCUGGAGACGUCAACGCAGUUCCUCGAUUUAAGCAUUCGCCCGUGUCGCGGCAAAACUUUGGACAAGUGCGGCAAACGCCGCAAUCGGAGUUGGAACCUCUAGUAGACUCGACCAAAGCCCUCGAAUUGCUCUACCAGAUUGCCAGUCGGGUUUUGCACCUUGAUCGGGAGCUGGAGAGGUUCUGGCGGCACAUGCGCUACGAUUUCGUGCUGAUGAUGCUGAACUGUUCGCAGCUCAUCGCCGACAUUACCUUGACCUUGAAUCUCCUCACGACCAGCGUCCGUGCGCAGUCCUUCGGCUCGAUCCAGGAAACCGAUCAGGAUCAGAUCGCCAACGAAAACUACAUCGUGGACCGCGUGGCAAACCUCUUGAGCGAGAAGCCACAUGUGGACGAAGGGCGGCCGCCUUAUACGCCGAUCGACAUCUGCGGGAUGCGGCUGGAGGCUUUGUCCCUGCUGAUGUGCAUCGCAUUCAACAUCGCAGCGCCUCACAACACCCAUGGCAGCUCGGUCCUCGCGUCUCAUCCGACUGCCCUAGCACGGUUGAUUCGGGCAAUGCAUGACGAGUUGGAUGCCCUGUAUUCCUCGCCGCCUGAGGCUGCGCAACACGCGGCCCUGGUGAAUGGAUUGAUGUCGCUGGUCUACGGGGUGGUGAAGCGCCAUGCCGACGUGGAUUUACAGGGCAAAUUGGACCGGGUGGCGGGCGGGAAGCAGAAAUUCCUGGUCGUCAUGACGCGGCUGGCGUUUAGUGAAGGGAUCAUGCUCGAGGCGAGGAUCGAUGACGAGACAGUCGAGAUGGCGCACGAGAUCCUUGACGACGCAGUCAAUCCGCAGGAAGCCGAGGCUUUGCAGGAAGUGUUUUCGAGUUCGAAGCGAGAGGAAUAGGGUGGAGAGGGACUACUAAUUAAUACCAGACAUGAUGAGACAUGAACAAGUCAACGAGAGUAAUAAUGUAAAAUAGAGUAGCAGUUCAAGGUUGAUGACCGACAGGAC